AUGUGGGGAAUUUACCCGCACACGAUGGAGACCCGAUUGCUGGUGAUGCCGACUCAACUGCUUCCAUACACGACUGCCAAGAAUCCCGUCCCGAGGAACUUCGCAUGCACUAUCAUCCAUUUCCACUCAUGUUUGGGGAAUUUACCCGCACACGAUGCGGACCCGAUUUCUGGUGAUGCCGACUCAACUGCUUCCAUACACGACUGCCAAGAAUCCCAUCCCGAGGGGCCUAUACAACCAACAAAUCCACACACCAAUAACUGCCCCAACGAGCCGGCUAAUGACGCCGCCCAACUCUCCACUACGCAGAAGGGCCCUACACAUCCUACGCAUCCACUAGAUAUUACCUGCCAGCAAUCGUCUGCUACAAAUCAUGCUCACACACACUCAAACAUGUCGAAGCAGAAGCCCAAUGCUGUCAUUGUAGAGGAGAAUUCAAACGACUACACAACGAGCCCAAUCAACACACAAACUGAAAACGAGGUAGAACAUCGUUCCGAAUACAAACCCCCACCAACCAAAAAAAUUUGGCGCAGACUCAACAAAGUCAACAACGACCAAGACGAACCUCAGCAAGUUAGCGACUCCUCCCCACCUCCGUCUCCUUACCAACAUCAACCGCGGCACUUCACACAAUUAGGCUCCGUCUUCGACAACAGCUUCCUUCUACAACUAUCUAAACCACAACAAUGGACAUCCACUUUGCACAAGGAGGUUUUGAUGAAAUGGCUAGCAACGAGAGAAUACGGUGGACACCAAGACUCCGCAGCUUACUGCCCUCCAGAGCUACUAGGAAUUUUAUUAGCCAAAGAUAGGAAGUUCUGCAUGUCUAGAAACAAGGCAAACUUCAGAUGGGACGACAUCAGCCAUUACGUCAACGCGGAAGGAAGGACAUGGGUGAAGGACACCGACACCGUCUACGUCCCCAUGUGCUGGUCUGCCUCACACUGGGUCGGGUUAGCUAUCAACCUCAGCCUUAGCCACAUCGAAGUGCUAGACCCAUAUCCAUCUCUGAAAGGCGACCUCGACGUUGAGAAGUGGCUACGACCAAUCUGCGACAUGCCCCCUUACGCUGUUAACAGCCUCUGCCCCGCCGCAUCACAGCAAAACGGCUUGACAAGUUACACCUGGCACCGAGUACAAGAUUUGUACCAUAACAAAUGCAGCGGCGACUGCGGGCCCGUUGCCGUUAAGUUCAUGGAGAUGCACGCUGCCGGGGAUCCUGAUCCUCACAUGUUCGGCUUCACUGACGAGAUCAUUGACCAAUUCCGCAAACAAUACGCCCUAGACCUUUACAGAGACCUAGUCAUACCUCUCUACUAG